CUCCGGCUGCCCAUCCUCCCCGGCUUCUUCUUGCCCCUGAUCCUCUCCAGCCUCGGCAUAGCCAAAAGUGUAUGGGUCGAAAGGGUAUCGCUCUGUCACGGCAACACAAACGAAUAAAAUAAAUAAAGAAGUUGUGCUUGCUCAGCGUGGCAGAUGCGACUAUCGGGUGUGCGCGGUGCGGGCGAACGGGAAAGCACACUUACCGGCAUCGCUCGCUUGCUGACCAUCGGUCGUGCCAUCGACUGCCCCUUCGAAAGGUUGCUGAUGCUGCUGCUGAUCAGCAGUCACAACGCCUUCCAUGUUCGCUCGCCAAGGAUACACCCAGUCUCAAAGGCGGGGGGCCUCGCACGUCCUCGCAACAGGCUGUGGUUGACAAGUUGCUACUCAGCAGCGCACGCAGAGAACAGAGAAGCCGAAGAUAGCAGGGCGAUUGCCACCAAUCUAUCACUCUCGGCAAAACACGCCCCCACUUUUGCAAAACAGAAAUCCUCAAAUCUGCUGACGAGAGCGCCCGCUCCUCGCGUAUUUGCCUCCCUUUGCCUGCCUGUGAGUGAUCAAUCGCGACACAAGACGGGUCCUGCAAACAGUGUGCGCGAUGGAUGGUGCCCCUAAGACGCAAGAUGUAGCGAUGAAGAUUAGGACUUGCUAUUACUGCUU